UGGAUUCCAUCUGCCCCGGCCACCAUUUUCCCGGUCUUCGUCUCCGCGACACGACCCGGCGGGUCAGCAUGUACACGCUGCACUUGCAGUGCCCCGCGGUCACCUUCUCCCAGCCACAAGGUCUCCACGGCCAUCUCGUGCCACCCAGCCGCGCGACGCCUCCAUGCCGCUGCCGCUCGCCACCGUCCCUAGUACCCCCUGUGCCGCCCGCCGCCGGGCGCAGAUUCGCCUGUGCUCCCCGCGCCUCCACCGCCGGAAACCCACAAUCAGCCCCGCAGGACGAGCCCCGGCCGGAGCGUGGGUUUUGGGCCAAGUGGAUGGUGGAGGGCGCGGAGAUGAGGGCCAGGGUGGCCAAGCUCGGUCUGGCCGCCGUGCUGGCCUACGGGCUGUUCGACGCCGUCACCUACACGGCGUUCUUCGUACUCGCCUUCCUCGGCUACGAGAAGAGCACUGGCAAGAACCCCGCGGCCAACCUCAAGGCAUUGAUAGGGAUAGUUAUUCUAAUGUGGACGGGUAACAAUGUUACGAGACCGUUUCGAGUUGCGGGUGCAGCUGCUUUGGCACCAGUGAUCGACAGAGGCUUGAAGGGUAUUCAGGAGAAACUCAAUCUUCCCAGUCAGAUGUAUGCUUUUCUACUUGUGGUUGGAUCUGUGGCUGUGGUUGGCAGAUAGGUCCAGAGAGACAGGAGAAGGUGAUUGCUAGUUACCUGUUGUCAUCUCCAGCAGGAACAAGACGAGGCGUUCCGAUUGAGAAACUGAUGUCUCCCGCUGCAAAUCCUGAUAAACCAAAAACAGUAAGCUUGAAAUUUAGAAGGAUAAAUGUUGGCUUCAACGCUUUGCCUCUUUACAAGAUACAUGGUGCAAGGUACAUACCACCACUGCUUGCUAGUUCCAGGUCUGUGGCUUUCUUAGUUUGCCUUCCCAUCCUGUACUUCUAAAGCACAUGAAACAAGCUCAGCUGUGUUAAUUACUA